AUGGCCACCGCCAGGCAGGAGCGGGAGAAGGCUGCUGCCUUGGCGAUCCCGGUGUCUGUUGAUCUGAUUGCGGCGGCACGCAGACAGGUGGCUCUGUUGGAGGCUGUUGAUAGGGCGCCUGAGCUACAGCAACAGUUCAAUGCACAGCAAGCAGCCAGAAGGUACCUGGACUGCUGGCUGCCUCUGUUGGCCAAGCACGGUGCCAAUUCGCACCUGCUUCCCCCCCUGGACGUGCACUGGGCCUGGCACUGUCACAUGCUUGAUCCGGUCGCCUACGCCAAGUACUGCCAGAAGCGUUUCGGGGGGGUCCUGGACCACCCCCUCAUUGCAGACGAGUCAACCGCCCUCAGCUCUACCAAGGCUCUGUGGUCUGCAGAGUUUCCCGACGAAUCCUGGGACCUUCUCACAUUGGGGGGGGAUGCGAGGAGAGCCGUCGAUCUGGAAAGCGAGGCCAGUAUCGUGGCAGCAAUGGACCGCCAGAAGUCGUUCUACUACCAGGUCAAUCGGCCCGGGUUCCUGGACACGCAGUACCUGCAAGGCAGCCUGGAGCGCUACCACCUGUUCCUACAUCUGAUGCGCGCGUCUCGCGGGAGCAAGCUCUUCUGCGUGCCCACAUACGAUAUCGACCUCAUGUGGCACGCGCACCAGCUGUGCCCGUGCGCUUAUGCCGCCGACUGCCAGCAGCUUAUGGGCCGUAUCAUCGACCACGACGACAAGGACUCGGACCGUAGCCCUGGCGCCAAGUUGGACGCUUCGUACCGUUCAACAGCCGACGCGUGGCAGCAACUGUACGGCCUGCCUUACGAGCGCGCCGGGACGCUCUACCUCGGCGAACCGCCCAAACCCCCGCAAACCCCCUCCAAACCCUUCCAAACCCCCGGCAAACCCUUCGCAAACCCGUCGCAAGCCCCCGCGGCGCUCGGCAUUCCCGCCGCGGACCUCGCACCCGGGACAGCCAACCGGGCGCUCGCGGGUUUGCUAACCCACCGCAUGGUUUUCCAGGUCUGCGUGACAGUGCUCGGGGCUAACCACCUGGGUCAACACAAGGGCCAGGUUUACGUGCGGGUUAAACCGACCGCCCGCGCGCCGCAGUACUUUAUGCGGACGCCGGAUGUGGAUUCGGACAACGGAACCGGACGGUGUGAAUGGGGGGGACACGUGGCGAUGCUCCAAGCGGAGAUGGACACGCAGGGGCUGGCUUUCGAAGUGCGGAAGCGGCCGGCGGGCCGUUUCGCAAAGAUCAGGUCCGACAAGACUCUCGGCAUCGUCCGCAUCCCCUGGUCCGACGUCAGCGCCAAGCCCGGGUUCUCCCUGGCCGGUACGUACCCCCUCACUUCAAAACGCGGGGGUCCCGCGCCUUCCUCCCGGGGGGAUUCCGAAAAGGCCCCCUCCCUGCAACUCGCCGUCUCCAUCACCCCCCCAUUCCAGGGACCGUACCUUUUGAGGACUCUCCCGACCGAGAAAGCGACUGUGGAUGACGGAAGCGAGUUUUCCCGGUACGCGUACAGUUACUCUACGGGGGGGCAGAGCGGCCGUUGGGCGACCCGGAACGUGAUGGACCAUGCGGGGAAACCGGUUGCCGUUCUGAGGACGCAGGCCAAAUCGGGCAAGUUUCUCCGGAGCACGGGCGAGACGCCGACGGACGUUUCCGCAGGAUCCCGUCAGCACCGGUUGCACGCGUACCCACUGUUCACGGGACGAGGUGACGACAUGAAUGCAAAGGCCAUUGAGACGAGCUUCACUCCCACCGCUUGGCACGCGAGCAUCCGGUACGUGGAGCCAAGCACCAGUGCUCGCGUCAGCCAGCGCAAGGCUUACGUCAGCCAGGACCCAUGGGGCAGGGCUUCCUACAGCCUCGAAGUGCGGCGGGAGCCGGUUAGCGGGCGGUUAACGGCCACUUUGAUCGGGUACAACUGCACGCCUGUGGCCCUCUUCGCGGGGCGUCACUACCAGUACGCCGUUCCCGGCGCCCCUCUUGCCGAAGAGGACGGCUUUUUCACACUGGUGCGGUACACGGAGGACCAGCCGCACGGCAAGGCGACCGCGCUGAUCAACUUCAAACGGGGCAUCGCUGAGAUCCAACCGAGCGAGCACGUCUCCCUGGCGCUCCUCCUGAACGCGUGCCUGGCGCAAGCGCAGCUCGACUUUGUGCCGCUGACCGCGAAGCAGAUUGCGGACGCCCAAAAGGCCCGGCAGAAGGCGAUGCGAGAGCAGAGCCGCAGGAGGGAGCCGUCCGACAACCACUGGGGUGCCGUAGCGACUCUUCCAAACGGUCAUCGCUCCUCCCGCGACACUUCUCCCAGCUCUGCCGGAGGCCUCGAGUAUCUCCCCCUCUGGUACAUGGCGGCUUAUAGCCCGGGUCUCACCUACGGAGUAGGGGGCUGCGGAGCAAGCGCGUGCGGCGCAGAGGGGUGCGCUGCAGGGGCGUGUGGUGCCGGGGGUUGCGGGGCAUCAGCAGGCAACUGCGGGGGGGGCUGCUCUGGCGGUGCUUGCGGGGGGGGGGGCUGUGGCGGUGGUGGGGGGUGUGGAGGCGGAGGCGGAGGGUGUGGAGGCGGGGGGGGGUGCGGUGGUUAA